AUGUCAAAUUUAGAAAAGCUUGAUUUGUGUAUUAAUGUUGGUGAAAGAAAAACAUUUUUUGAUGGUAAUGAUUUGAAGAUGAAUAUUAUUAAUCAUAUGCCACAAUUAAGCAAAUUCACAUUUAAUAUUUGUUCAUUAAGUAGUUUUUAUAAUGAAAUGAAUUUACCAUCAAAUGAAGAUAUUCAAAAGACAUUUAGUAACUUUAACAAUAAACAAAUUAUCUAUUGGACUGAUUAUUUUCCAGAAGUAAAAAAAAGUUAUUGUCAUAUUUAUUCAUAUCCAUAUCAACUGAAAUAUUACAAUAAGAUAACGAAUAAUUUUCCAGGUGGAAUAUUUAUAAAUGUUCGUAAAGUAUCAUUAUAUGAUGAACGUCCUUUUGAACAUGAAUUUUUUCUUCGAACUCAGAAAUUAUUUCCAUUCAUGAAAGAAUUAACUAUACGUAAUAAACAACGACAAAUUAAUAAACAAUUUAGAAAAUCAAACAAUAAAAAUCAAGAUCUAUCAAUCAUUAAAUAUCCUUAUCUUAAACAACUUGACCUUAUUCAAACGUGCAUAGAUUAUUAUGAACAAUUCUUAUUCGAUACUAAAAUGGAUUUAGCAUUUGGUGUUCGUGUUUAUAUGAAGUAUGGAUUAGUGAAAGAAGUGACAUACAAUUUCACAAGAAAUAGAACAAGAAAUAAUUGUGCGAAAAUUAAUUAUGUAAAUUUAAGUACAGGAAUGCAAUAUGCUGGAUAUUCUGACAACUUUUCUACUGGAAAACAACAAAUUCCUGAAUAUAUAAAGGACUAUUUUUCUCAUACACAAAUAGAUUGA